AUGGCUGACCCAGAGGACGGUGACGAUCUCUUCGCGGAUCUUUAUGAUGCCGACGAAUCCACUGCUCGCACAACAUCUGCUGUUGAUGCAUCAAAGCCAGCUGAGCCUGUCGCAACCCCCGCUGCACCCGCCGCGUCUACUACACAGGGCACUGAAUCUGCUCCCGUUGACACUCACCAAUCGCAACCCGCUGCUCAGCCUUCGGGAUAUGAUAAUGGGUACAACAAUGGUUCUGGAAACCCUUACGGCGCUGCGCCCGCAAGCGAGGCGCCUGCUGAGCCCGAGUCUCACGGAACAGGAAUCAAGGAAGACGGAAGAGUUUUCUGGCUAGAAGAAGAUAAAAGCGAUCGAGCUACGGAUACCCUGGGCUAUGUGAGGAAAGACUCGCCGGUUGGCUCAGGUGCCUCAACCAUCUGGGCACCGAAGGAUGAAUUCCUGGAAAGCGACAAAGCGAAUGCAGCGACCAAUCAGCAAUUGCGCUUGAGCUCCCUGUCAUACGGCCACCAAGGUGCAUACAAACCAAUUUGCCGUUGCAAUACGCUGCUCAAGCUCCGACCUCCAUCCCGCCAGAUCAAACAAGAAUCCAAAGAAAGCUGUCGCCUGAACCCUCCGUUCAACAACAUCUUUAGCACCAACCAACUCAGCACUACCCAUCGCCUACCAUGGACCUUGUCACAAGCCAUCCAUAUAUAG